AUGAGGCAGCUGGAGGCCGAUGGUGCACAGUGGGGACCAUUUGACGAUGAGGAAGAGUGGGAGUUAGCAAAAUGGCUGAUCCAAAACGUCGGACAAAAUCAAACUGACAAGUUCCUAAAACUACCUAUUAUACAAAACCAUGCACAAGUGUCUUACCCCAACAACCGCAAUUUCCUCAAGAAGAUCGAUGGUUUGCCAACGAAGGGCCCAGAGUGGCACUGUGACAUCAUCAGUGUGGCGGGGGACCAAGUUGACACCAACAGAGAUAUGAUGUCUGCUGAAUUGGAGCUGUGGCGGCGCAACCCUGUCGAGUGCAUUAGAGAGCUGAUGGGGAAUCCGACAUUCUGUGAGAAGAUGGCAUAUGCCCCCGAGCGAGCAUAUGAGGAUACUGAAGGUAGAAGGAGGAUAUACGAUGAAAUGUGGACGGCUGACUGGUGGUGGGAUACUCAAGGCAAGAUGCCCAAGGGUGCAACCAUUGCACCUGUGAUCCUUGCCUCCGAUAAAACAUUGUUGUCCCAAUUCCGAGGAGACAAAUCAGUGUGGCCAGUCUAUUUGACGCUUGGGAACAUCAAGAAGGCAACACAAAGGUGUCCAAAACAGCAUGCAGCCAUUCUGCUCGGUUAUCUCCCAGCGGCCAAACUGGACUGCUUCGGCAAGGGCACCCAUUCUAUGGUGUGUGCAGACGGGUGCAUCCGACGAGUACACCCAAUCCUGGCGGCAUAUGUCGCAGACCACCCCGAACAGUGUUUGGUGGCCUGCACGAAGGAGAGUUUUUACCAAGAGCGCACUAUGACAAUAUUAAAACAUAAAGAAACAGGGAGACAAGUAGCUGCUUACAAUCGCGAGGGUCUACGCCCAGUCUAUCGGCCCUUUUGGGCAGAUCUCCCGCAUUCUGACAUCUUCGGGGCCAUCACGCCAGACAUACUCCACCAAUUACACAAGGGUGUGUUUCAUGACCACCUAUUGAAGUGGUGUACUCAGAUCGCGGGUGAAGAAGAAAUAGACAAACAUUACCGUGUGAUGACGAACUACCCGGGUCUGCGUUACUUCACCCAGGGCAUCUCUCUCGUCUCACAAUGGACUGGUACCAAGCAUCAAGAGAUGCAGCGUGCGGUCCAACCUGCAGUCGCACAAGCAGCUCGAGCGAUCAUUGAUUUCAUUUUUUAUCUCGAAGUGCGGGAAGAUUUCAACAUACCUAAGAUGCACUCCAUGCAACACUAUGUUGCAUCUAUAAAGUUGCACGGAUCAGCGGAUGGAUUCAACACAGAAUUCCCGAAGAGGUUACACAUCAACUUCGCAAAAAAUGACUACGUUGCACAAAUGACCAAAUGGUUAGCUCGUCAAGAAGCUGUGGAACAAUUCGACGCUUACCUGGACUGGACACUGAAGAGAGUAGAUAACGAGGCUGAUGAUGAUGGUGGCGAUGCGGGGUUAGAAGGAUGUGAGGCAGCCGAAAAUCAACAACCGCCUAAACAAGGCACGACAGCUGACUCAAUACCCGUGGUAACUCACAUUCUAGCAUCUCGCCCAUCUUUCCGGGCAUUGACUGUUCCAUUCAUCACCCAAAUGUUCGGCGGUCUCAGCUUCCUGCCAGCAGUCUCUCAGUAUCUGCGUGUCUCGUCACUCCAUGUUCCUGCGAUGUCUCAUUCAGCUGCACCUGAGCUGUCGCAAUGGGACCGCUUUGAUGCAUAUCGGCAUCUCUCGAUUCCAUACCUCAAGGUGCGAGCUUUGCACAUGUCAAAGACCUUGGACAAAAUAUGUGCGACACCAUCUACACCUCCGUCGGGGCGUUCACAAGGCUCGCCAGGUCGAUUUGACAUGGUACUUGUCCGAACAGAAGGGGAGGUUAAUGUUCAUACACAAGGGACUGCACUUGAAGGUCUACGAGUCGCGCAGGUCCGAUUCCUAUUCGACCUCCCACCCCACCUGCGCAUUGCCGGCCAACCGUUUUAUCUCGCACUCAUCAAGUGGUUCAAACCAUUUCAUGGGUGCAACAAUCUGUUGAAGAUGCACAGCGUGUCUCGAUCAUACGUAGGCCAAGCGCCUCGUGCAGAAGUGAUUCCAAUCACUCACAUUGUAGGGAGUUGCCAUUUGAUACCGAAGUUUGGUACACACGCAGAUCCAAUGUGGCGAGCAGAUGAGGUCCUGGAUGUCUGCAAGACAUUCUAUGUCAAUCCAUGGAUUGAUAUCACAAUGUUUUUCAAGUUUCGCGUUAGUUAG